AUGUACAUUCCAUGGAAUUUUCAUGAAGUUUAUAAUGGAAGAUACCUGUUUAAUGGACAACGCAAUAUAACACGUUUCAUUGAACUUGCUGCAUCUAAUCAACUCUUCGUUCUUGUAAGAAUUGGUCCAUAUAUUUGUGCUGAAUGGGAAAAUGGUGGAUUACCAUGGUGGCUUAUUCGUAAAUACAACGAUAUCCAUCAAAGAACUUCUGAUAAACGAUUUCUUAAAGAAGUAAAAGUUUGGUUUGAUGUAUUAUUGCCAAUACUAAAUGCGCAAUUGUUAAAAAAUGGUGGUCCAAUAUUGAUGGUACAGGUGGAAAAUGAAUACGGCAGUCAUUAUGCAUGUGAUAAAGUAUACAUGGAACAAUUAAGUGAUAUGAUUCGAUAUUAUCUUGGAACAGAUAUCAUCCAAUACACCACUGAUGGAUCAUCAGAAUCCUAUUUGAAAUGUGGCACAACAACAAAUGCUUAUCCAACAAUCGAUUUCGGUCCAACAACUCAACAAAACGUGAAUGCAUAUUUUGCAAUGCAACGACAUUAUGCACCACAUGGACCAUUGGUAAAUUCGGAAUUUUAUCCCGGAUGGUUAGUUCUUUGGGGUCAAAAGAAGCAAAAUUUACCGUCAAUAACAGAAAUUAUUGAUACGGCUGAUUACAUGUAUCAUCUUGGCGCAAAUAUUAAUUUUUAUAUGUUCCAUGGUGGCACAAAUUUCGGUUAUUGGAAUGGUGCUGAAACUACUGCACCGGUAAUAACAUCAUACGAUUAUACCGCUCCAUUAACUGAGGCAGGUGAUUUAACUCCAAAAUAUUUGGCGAUACGAAAUUGGUUGGCCAAUAAAUCAGAUUGGCCAUAUAAGCCAGGCAAAAUACCACGUGAUAAUUUGAAAAUUGGUUACGGUAGUGUGAAAUUAAAAGAAAUUUUACCAUUAGGAAAACAUUUUUGGGAAUUAAUCUCAGCAAGUCAAAAUUGUCGAACAACAAAAUAUCCAAUUUCAUUUGAACAACUUGAACAUCCAUUUGGCUUUGUGAUGUAUAAUACAAGAUUGAAGUUUGAUGGUACAAAUCUUACGAUACCAUUGAUGAAAGAUCGUGGCUAUGUGAUAAUUGAUAAUGAAUUACAGGGAGUAUUAGUGAAUAAAUUUGAGAGCUACUCGAAACAUUGGAUGGAUUUAAGAGGUGCCAGGGUAGGUGCAGUACUUGGAAUAUUAGUGGAAAAUCAGGGGCGUCAAACAAUCCCAACAAUUAAUGAUUUCAAGGGUAUAUUAUCAAAUGUAACACUUGAUGGAGAAAUAAUUGAUGAUUGGAUACAAUGUGGCUUACAAACAAAAUUAAUAGUUUCAUUAGCUUGGCGAGCCAAGGAAUGGAGCUAUUUGAAUGAAAACAAAAAUGGAAUAGGUUUAUAUAUGGGUAAUUUUUAUGCAAAUCGUCUUGCUGAUACUUUCUUCAAUCCAAUUAAUUGGGGCAAAGGACAAGUAUUUAUUAAUGGUCAUAAUAUUGGCCGAUAUUGGCCAAGUGUUGGACCACAAAUAACACUCUACGUACCGAAACCAUUUCUCAAGCAUAACAAUACGAUUAUUGUACUGGAAUUGGAACAUGCCGGAAAUUGCCAGAAGCAAUUCUGUACAAUCAAUUUUAUCGAUCAUCCAAUAUUCAAUUUCACUGAAAGCCAAAAUAAUUAUGCAUAA